ACAUUUGCAUCAUUUAAUUUUGAUCCACGAUUAGCAAGAGCUAUUGCCCAACUAGAUUUUACUCGACCUACACCUAUUCAAGCACAGGGUAUACCAUUAGCUUUGGCUGGGAAAGACAUCCUUGCCCGUGCACGUACGGGUAGUGGUAAGACAGCCGCUUAUGCAAUGCCCAUCAUUCAAAAGAUUUUGAAGCAUAAAGAGGCGUUGAUCUUGGUACCUACUCGUGAAUUAGCAGAACAAGUUACCAAU